GGCCGGAGGACAGACCUCCCGAGGCGCGACACGCACGGGGAACACGGGGACAACCGAAGACUGACAGAGAACAGAGAGACGUUGAGAGAGACAGAGAGAGAAAAGGACUUAAGCAGAAGAUACCGAAGCCGUUUGCAGCCGAGCCGCACAGACCCCACACCGCCACCCAUGACACGGUUUCACCAUCUGCACUUUGCCGCCAACGCCCUGUUGGUUGCCAUGGUGAUGCUGACGGAGGUGACGUCAGCGGCGAGUCUCCCCACAGCCGACCUGAAGCCGCUAACACGGAGGAGCAUCACUGACGUGACGAUGACGGAGGAGCGGACACGUGACAUGAUCAGCCGGGCCCGGCAGGCCUGGCUCACCGCUCUGGUGGACGAGAUCCUGCAGCCGGAAGCCACAAAGCGAUCAGGUAUCGACGCGAUGGAGGACCACAGACUGGCGCAGGACACCCGGACCGCGUGGCAGCGCCGCCUGCUGAAAUAUCUCGUAACUGCAGACCCCCGGAUCCCAUACCCUCAACGACGCAGCAUCACGGACCGGACCAUGACGGAGGAGCGGAGCCGGGACCUGGUGGCGCGCGCCCGGCAGGCUUGGCUCACCGCACUGGUGGACGAGAUCGCGGAAGCCUCCGGCCCCAGUAAGCGGCAGAUCACAGACGUGGACGUGACGUCAGACCACAGUAAGGAGUUCACGGCGCGACAGCGGACAGCCUGGCUACACAGGCUCCUCAACGCCGUGCAGGGACAGUAGCCUCGCACCCGCAGGCGCCUGGACGCGCGGCUGGGCCAGUAAGGGGGUAGCCUCGCCUCUCAGGCACCUAGACGCGGCUGAGUACUAGUGUGUCCAUGUAGCCUGGACUCCAGUCUUGUUAGCUUUCACUGCACGAAAAGGUGAAAUUACCAAACGUAGGUAAUGGAUAGCAAAGUUCUUUGGUCACAACCAUUUAUUUUUCACGAGCCGAUGUUUCGAUGACCGUCUGUCAUCUUUAUCAGGGCAACUCUGACUGGU